ACUGCUAAACAACAGCCAUGCCUUGAAAAAAUUCCAACAAGAGUUGGACUUGCAUGUGGGAAAGGAAAGGCAAGUAGACGAAUCAGACAUGACGAAGCUGGUCUACCUCAAUGCAGUGGUAAAGGAAACACUGCGUCUAUAUCCAACUGUACCGCUCUCGGCACCACACGAGUCCAUGGAGCAGUGCACUGUGGGUGGCUACCAUGUGCCCAAGGGCACGCGCCUCAUGACCAAUAUAUGGAAGAUCCAUCAUGACCCACGUGUAUGGCCAAAUCCUCAUGAGUUCCAGCCAGAGAGAUUUCUCACAAGCCAUAAGGAUGUUGAUGUUAGGCGCCAACACUUCGAAUUCAUUCCCUUCGGAAGUGGUAGAAGAAUUUGCCCUGGAAUUUUCUUAAGUCUCCAAGUUAUGCAGUUGGCCUUAGCCAAUUUGAUACACGGGUUUGAUUUAUCAACCAUUUCCAAUGACCCAGUUGAUAUGAGUGAGAGCUCUGGGCUAACCAACCUCAAAAGGCCACUCCACUAGAAGUCCUUCUCCAUCCACGUCUCUCUUCUCAUCUUUAUGGACAGAGAGAAGCAUCACCCUACAGUGGAGAUUUUUUGGGGUCUUAA